AAUGCUGAAUAAGUAAUAGUUUUUGGAUGAGAUCCCUUACUCUGUGUAAUUUCAAGGCGACCCUCUUCUGUAGCCGAAAUCUAACAUUUUUGCCAUAUUUAAUCCAUUUAUUAAUUUAAUUCAAUCUUCACUUUAAAACCUUUCUCAUUUCUCUUCUUUGACUGUCUGUUUUCUUUUCCCUUUCAAUUCUCUUCUAUUUCUUUUGUACAUUCUCAGUAUAAUGUCAUGUUUUCUUGUGAUUUCCACCUGAAUUUCAGCUUCAUUUUAUUCAAUUUUGAAGUGGGUUGAUUGUGAAUUCAAUAAAAGUUUGAAUAUUUCUCAAAAAAAAAAAAGGUUUGAAUUAGUAUCAAUUGCAAAGAUUUGAUUUUUCAGGUGGGUAACCUGAAAAGUUUGUGUUUUUGUCACUUACUGUAAAAAAGACUGUAAAAAUUUGCCAUCUGGGUAGGCUUUAAUUUUGGUUCUUGAUCAUUGAAUUAGUUAAAUUUAAGUUGGUUCAUAUACAAUUAAUUUGUGAGAAAGCUGCUAUUUUUUAUCUGUUGAAAGGAACUUAAGUAGGCCAAUUGGAUAGGGAUUAAUUUAUUUUAUAGUGAAUUUUGCAUCAAAAAGGACUCAUUUGGAUUAAAGAGUAAUAUUUUGGGGUAAAUAAAGAAAAAAAAUGGUGAGAGGGGCAAAAGAUGAGGACAAAUUGAUGAGUCCUAUGUUUCCUAGGCUUCAUGUUAAGGAUACAGAUAGAGGAGGGGCAAGAGCUCCUUCAAGAAAUAAAAUGGCUCUAUGUGAACAACUCACUCAAAGGGUUAGCUCUGGUUCAAUGUCUUCAAGCCAUGUUGGAGGCUAUGAAAGAAGUGUUUUUAAUUCCUCUGCUCCUUCAAAUUCUGAUAAAUCCUUUUCUCAUUCCUCUGGCGGAUACAAGCUAAGCAGUAAGAGGACAAGCCAAGAGCGUAGGUCGAUGAAUUGUACUGAUGGUCAAAGUUUGCACACUAGGCAGAUUCUCUCAUCAAGUGCGGAAUGUAAUUUAUUUCAGUCGCACAAUUUCUCCAACUCUAAAAAAUUCGCUCGGAAAGAGACAAGUGAUUGUACUAACAGCAGUAAAUACACUAAAGAUUCAGUAAAUAGACCGUUUUGGAACUUGAGCUUUUCGAUGCAUUUUCAAAAUGUUUCUCAUAAGCAGAAGAAAGGAACCGGCAGCACGGAUCUAAGCCCCCGAGAGUCCAUCAGGAACCAAAAUGAAGAGCAUAUAAAAAUCUCCGAGGUUUGUCAUGAUCCCAGGGAAAGAUCUGCUCCAGUCCCAUUGAUUCAGGAUAAAGCUUCUGCCGACAUGUCUUGUAGUCUAAGAACUGAGUCAUUGAAGAGACCACAUCCAUCGUCAUAUCAGGAAUAUAGAAGCAGUUUGUUGGAUGUCGUAAAAAGCUUACAUGGUACAAAUGCAUGUGUAGAUCAAGACUGUAUCGCAAUGCAGGAUAAAAUAGUUCGUAAAAAUCAACUUUCGGUGGAAUCUGCUGAGGGCAUAGAUAAGGAAAAUGCUUCCGAGGGAAGAAGUGAGUCAAAUUUAAGGUCUUCCCUUGUAGAUGAUAAUAGAAGCUGUAAUAUGAUUGAGAAUGUUAGUGAAAACCUUGAAGACAAACGGAAUGAGUCUUUGCAAGUGGGUGACAAUAAAAGAGACGAGGAUCCCUCCAAAACUUCCGUUGCGUACUCAUUAUCUGGUUCGGAUAUUUCUCCUGGCGAUGUAGUUAGAAUAAUCGGUGAGAAACAAUUUUGCAAAACCAGAGCAGCGAUAGUCAAUCAGCAAAGAGCAUUCACAAUCCAAUUGUAUGAGUUACACCGUCUCAUUAAGGUACAGCAGUUGAUUGCUGCAUCACCAGAACUACUGCUUGAUCAUAGGAUAUAUCUGGGAAAAUCUUCGUUAAAAACAUCUCAGGCUAAAAGGGUUCCGAUGGAUAACGCUGUCGAACAACCACCCAUAAUUUUUAGACAAAAAGAUAGCUCUCAGAAACCAUAUGCUAGUACUGAAUUUGCAGACGAAAAUGCAGUUUCGAAACUUCCUCUUCCUUCUGUUGAUAGUGAAGCCGGUAAAGGACUUCAUACUCAACAGUCAAGUUAUGAGUCUCAUUCCGGAGGUGCAUUGCCAGCUGCUGUUGCUGCCAACGUCGAAACAUCUAAAUGGUGUUUCCCGCCGCCAGGAAAUCAGUGGUUAGUUCCAGUCAUGUCCCCAUCUGAGGGUCUUGUUUACAAACCUUACACAGGACCGUGCCCUCCAGCUGCAGGAUUCUUGGCACCGGUUUUUGGCAAUUGUUCUCCAAUAAGUUUAACUGGAGCUGGUGAGGACUUCAUGAAUGCAGCUUAUGGAGUCCCGGCUUCUCAUCAGCAAGAAUUUGGAAUCAUCGCCAGCAACCCUUCUAUAGAUCGAACGUAUUUUCCACCAUAUGGCACGCCAGUCAUGACUCCCUCGUUCUCGGGCUCUGCAGUAAAGCAGGUGAGCCCAUUCCUAGGAUCCCAUUCAGAGGAUGAUCGUUUAUUAUCAGUUGGAGACUUCAACUUUAGAUUCCCACAGAAAAGCUCGCGUAACACGCCAUCAAGUCCAAUGACUCGAGUGAUGUUAUGCAAUGUUGAGAAGUUCCAAGCAUUGAAGGAAAGCGAGCUUCCAGGAAGUACUGUAAGUAGUCCCAGUGCGCUCCCUCUUUUUCCUAUGGAACCUACAGUUCAGGAAUCGGAUCAAUGUAGUCAAACUCAUGAGCGACGAACACACGUGAUUAAGGUUAUUCCUCACAACCCUAGAUCAGCAACAGAAUCAGCAGCUCGGAUUUUUCAGUCUAUACAAGAAGAAAGAAAGCAGUACGACUAUAUGUGAAUUGUAUAAUCCGCAAAAAUGACACGGUUAUCGAAUGUACUUAUGAAUCUGUAAUUCUCUUAUACAUAUCAUCAAAACAAUUAAAUGCAUAUUCAUUUAAUGAAAAUACAAGAAAUAAUGCCUAA